UUUGGUGUGCGUGUCGUGUAGACGAUCGUGUCACUAAAACUGCGCCGUCUGAGUGAGUAAUCAGCUUGACUGAAGCGGACGCACAUUCUCAGUAAUGCACCUUGCUGAAGAAGGUGUACAUCUUUGGUGGAGUGAUCCUGUCCGGCAUUCGGAACAGUUCCGUGCAAAAAACAAGCGGGUUGAAAUUUGCACACGAGACCGACCGAGUACACCGAGGAGAGACGACCGUCGUACACGCGGGUUUGAAGGUUGAUAAGAAGCGUGUUCAGACGCGUCAGACCGAGGAAUCUCAACCAUCCCGUUGGAUUGUCUCAGACGAGAAGGGACGUUGCAAUCGGCAAAGAAAACACGAACUCACUUGAGGUUGUGCGAAGGGAAGGGAAGGGGGAUUGUAUUUACAUACCCCAAUCGUCGUUCGCACCCUCGUCGGUUAGUGGUUUGCAGCUUUAGUGAAACAAAACCACCGGUUCACACACCGAACCGUACCCAGUUCAUCGGAAGUGAACGAGCUGAUCGGGUAUACGCUCUACGCGAUCUCGUACAUGCGAUCUGACAUUCGCAGUGACUCGGUUUUGGCCGGUCCGUGCUACACGUGAUCGGGGUUGUUGGGAAGGCGCCCACUACCAAAUCAAUGAACAUAAAUCAGCUGUUGCUUUGCGUCACACUACCCAUUGAUUCUUCACGUGCCAUCGGUGUAAACAGGGUGCCUGCCGUGUGUCUAUCUGUAGAGUGUGCAGUGACCUGUAGUGUACAGGCCGGCAAUGUACCGGACCGUGCGGUAGCUGCAGCUGAUCAUCACCAGCAAGGGUGUGGAGCACAUCUCGAGCAAGACUCGCGUGACCAAGUGUGUCCACUUGAGGAUAUCCACGAAAUCAUCCAAGGCCACUCGAAAGCUCACCAAACCUCAUUAUGUGUGUGCGAUAUAUAGUGCGGUGAUAUAGUGCAGAAAACGGAUCAGCUAAGCGGACAUUUGACAUCAGACAGCCAGAAGAACUGAUUCUGGACAGAAUAAACAAAACAAAAAACUCCGCUUCCAGUGAGAAUUCGCGCCCAGUGAACGAAACCAAAACCAGUGCGACGCGUUUUGUGGUGUGAUCGCUUUCAAUUUUGCAAAAGAAAUCAACAAAAAAAAAAUGGCGGAAAAUCGUAAUCGCUCGGGCCAUGUGCUCGUGUGGGAGCAGGCAGACAUGGCGUCGGACGAGGGCAUCUUACCGGCAAAACGGUUCGGUACUCGACACUACAUCGUAUUCAUGCUGUUCCUUGGCAUGGCAAAUGCGUACGUUAUGCGAACAAACAUGUCCGUCGCGAUUGUCGCCAUGGUAAACCAGACCGCAAUCGAGAAGGAUGCCGAAGUGUUCGACGACGAAUGUCCCGACACGGAUUAUGGUGAUGAUAAGGAUGAUUCCGAACGGGAUGGUGAAUUUAUCUGGAGCACCAGCAUGCAGGGCUACAUAUUGUCGUCCUUCUUUUACGGCUACGUCAUCACGCAGAUCCCGUUCGGUCUGUUGGCCAAGCGGUACGGUGCGAUGCGAUUCCUUGGCUGGGGUAUGCUGAUCAACUCGGUGUUUGCGUUUGUGGUGCCAGUUGCCGCCCGACAGGGUGGUGCCGGUUGGCUGAUCGCCGUACGCUUCAUCCAAGGGCUGGGCGAAGGUCCAAUCGUACCGUGCACACAUGCCAUGCUGGCGAAAUGGAUUCCACCGAACGAACGAUCGCGCGUCGGUUCGAUAGUGUACUCGGGUGCACAGUUCGGUACGGUGAUAUCGAUGCCACUGUCCGGGUUGCUAGCGGACCACGGGUUUGACGGUGGCUGGCCAUCUAUAUUCUACGUGUUUGGUAUAAUCGGAACGGUAUGGUCGAUCGCUUUCCUGCUCACCUGUCACGAGGAUCCGGUCACGCAUCCCAGAAUCGGGGAGGACGAGAAGAAGUACAUUCAGCAAUCGCUGUGGGGCAACGCAUCCGUUCACAUUCCGCCAAUUCCGUGGAUGAACAUCGCGAAAUCGCUACCGUUCUAUGCCAUCUUGCUGGCCCAUCUUGGUCAGAACUAUGGCUACGAAACGCUGAUGACGGAGUUACCCACCUACAUGAAGCAAGUCCUUCGAUUCUCCAUCAAGACCAACGGUGUUCUGUCCGCCCUGCCCUAUCUAGCGAUGUGGCUGUUCUCGAUCGUAGUCGGUUGGGUAGCGGACUGGAUGUUGACGUCGGGUCGCUUCAACCACACCUGGACGCGCAAGAUCUCCAACAGCAUUGGUCAGUACGGUCCAGCAAUCGCACUUAUCAUCGCGUCGUACACUGGCUGUAGCCGAGCGCUCACCGUCGCCAUCCUGACGGUCGGUGUUGGUUUGAACGGUGGUAUCUAUGCUGGUUUUAAGAUCAACCAUCUGGACAUUACGCCCCGGUAUGCGGGCGUACUGAUGGCAUUCACCAACUGUUCGGCUAAUUUGGCCGGUCUGCUGGCACCGAUUGCGGCCGGCAACAUCAUCGAGGGCAAACCAACGAUUGCGCAGUGGCGCAUCGUGUUUGUGAUAGCGGCCUGCGUCUAUCUGUUUACCGCCACGUUCUACAACGUGUUUGCAUCCGGCGCCCGUCAGUUCUGGGACGAUCCGGAGAAUGACGAACCACAGAAGCCCUCGAUCGAGGCACCGGUGCACAGUGAAGUGAAUGGUAGCAACAUUGGUAGCAAUGGUACGACGCCUGCGACUUUAACGCAUCGGACGAUCAAUGAACAAUCGUCGUAGGGCAUGACACUCGGAUAAGCGGAGUCCAUAUCCAAACGGCAGAAGAAAAAAAAAACAAAACACAUAUCAGUACGUACGCGGUCGAAUAGCGAUCUAUAGAGCAAUAGUGCAGAAACAGUUGUAUUUAUAAGGGGAAAAACGAAUAUUUCUUGAUAAUGUAACGUACAAUAUUAAGCUGGGCUUUUCCUUAUCCGUUUGUUUAUCACCGUUCAUUGCAAAACGGAUUAGUUGUAGAAUUUUUGUUCCAUUCUUUGUGGAUAGUUUCUUCUUUAUUCUAGUUGCGCGUGAUCAAGCUGCAAUUGGGCUUGUUAUCUUAUUUUUCUUGUCUUUGGACACUUGGAAACUUUCCUUCUUUCUUGUUCCUUUUUUCUCCCAUCAGCAAAUUAAGUUUGUAUGAUGUCUCUAUACUUUUCCUUUGAUUUGUUUCCCUCUUUACUUUUUGUUCUUCUGUUUUCUGUCACUGUUUUCUAUAGUUUUCUAUUUUUUCCCCUAUUUUUUGUUACAAUUUUUUGAUGCCGCGUGCAUUAGGUAGGAAGGUACCUACAUAAUUAUUGAUAUUUGUUAUAUCGCUAACCUGCACACUCCGUGUGUGAGAGUGUGUUGUACAUAUUUUCCUUAGCGACUAAUCGAGAACAUACUACCACUAAUAGGCCAUAAAAAGUCCGGAUCAUCGAAAUGCGAACCAUUUUCCGUUUCCGGAUACAUAGGGUUGUGAGCGUUUCGUGUAGGGUUUGCAGAAUGCAGAAUCGCAACGAAACGCAACAGAAGCUGUAGAUUUGUAGGUGCACGUGAGCGUAAGAACGAGGAAUGAGUGUAAGCGAUCGGAGUGUAAGAAUGUGCGAGCGUUAACAAAAAAGACCCUCAUUAAUGUUAAAACCGAAAAAACCAUAAAUUAAAACCUUCUUCUUUUUGAAGGCGAUGCAAACAGCACCCGAACAUCGGUGCCGCCAGAACGCAACACAAAGAUGAUAAUAAAAACCGAUAAUGAUAAUUUUGUUAUAAUGCGAACCGCAGCAACAUAAAAAACAACAA